UGUUUGUUUGUUGUGAAUUCGCAUUGCGGAUAGGGCAGCGUUUACAUUGAUUCGUCGAUCAAUUGGAUUAAAUAUUGAAUGGCAAACGAAACCAUUUUUGGCACAACUUCAAGUUCUUCGUAUUCUCGCUGAGCAUUCUUAACGAAAAAUCGACAUUUUGAGUUCUUCUUGAAAAAGGCUGCUCCCAAAAUGAAAGUCACGUUGAUUCUAGUCAUCAUAAGUUUGAGUCUGAUCAUCUGCAGCACAGAUGCAAAGGGUUUUGGAUACAAACGAAUGAAAUCACCAGGUCGCAGCAUGAAGGUGCCAAAAUCCAGAAAAGGUCUGGGCAUGGGCAUGGGGAUGGGCAUGGGAGCAGGAAUGGGAAUGGGUUUAGGCAUGGGCAUGGGUGCCGCCCUUUUGAUUCCUGUCGUCAUCCCAAUGAGACAUGGCUACGGCAGACACAGAAACUCUUAUCGAUAUGGUACUCAAUGCUAUACCUGUGAAGGCAUGGACAAUGAUGUUUGUGUAGUUAGCCCGGCCACCAUCUCAAGACGAGUCUCUUGCCCACACAACCAGUAUUGCAGUGUUCUUAGGAGGGAAAUUUCCUUUCAAUCCAACGGUCCUGUAAGCCAACGACUUACCGAGUCUUCUGCCAGUGCCAACAUGAGCGCUUUGUCGAACGAAGCUGCAGUUUCUGUUGCAUUAAACACUACCAAGAUGAUCGGACAGCCAACAAGCGAAAGUACCCGAGUGCUGAUUUCGCGUGGAUGUAAAUCACCAGACGUUCUUCAAAGCCAUUCGAUGACGUCAACUAGGAUAAAUGGGGAUUCCACCAAGACAUAUAUUCAGUUUUGUCUAACGGAUUUGUGUAACGUUGGUGACGGCCGAUUAAAAUGCUACGAUUGUGAAGGAGCGGGGCCCAAUCACGUUUGUAUGGUAAAUCCAGCCGAAGUGGCAGAAGUCGUAACGUGCGAACCCAACGAAUAUUGCAACAUUUUGCGGAUGACAACGAUCAAUAUGUCUGUGUCCUCGAAUAACACUGUUGUCGAAUCAACUACGGUGUCGAUCUCAAGAGGCUGUAAAGCAGCCGGAGUUACUGAUGAUGAUUACGACGCUGAAGAAGGAACUAGUAUACUGUCUCUGUCGUGUUCGUCGGAUUUGUGCAACUACGUUGAUGGCGCUGAUUUGGCUGUAAUCAGCUCGGCUGCUGGUUUGAAUUUUGACCGAUUUUGUUUAAUCGUCACGUCGUCUUUACUCAUUUUGUUGCUUUGGCAAUAACGCUACCUGCUUUAGUCAUUCUGGAUUUAUUCUGCGAUCUCAAAAUUAAAUUUCCCGCUCUAAAAAUUUAACGUUUUCUCGAUUAGACUAGCUACAAAGACCAAAUUCUAAUGCAUCUCUCAUCUAGUCACAAAAGCUACAUAUAUUUUCUCUUUUGCGGUUACAAACAUAUAAGAACGGCCAUUUAACCUUUUUCCCGCGUACAUUAAAUUUUCAACGUGAAU